AUGUAAACCUAAAAGAUGGUGGUGAUAGGAAGCAGUGGAAAUAUUUGAGAACUGAGACAAAAAUUAAGGCCCUUUGAGCCAGCGAGGAAGGUUAUCACCCUUGCUACAGAGCCCAAACCACGAAGCUAUUGCUUACCUGGUAGUGAUUUAAUUAGAAAAGGAAAAAUCCAAUUUCCAAAGGAAAAAGUCCAAUUUCUCCAGUGUACAUCGCUGCAAGUGAAUCUACCCAUUUUUAUUAUUCUGUUCUGUAUGUGCUGGUCACACAGCAAUAGAGAAGCCUUAGGGAGAAAUUCAAAUGUUGAAAUUUCUUCAGUGCUAUGGGCAAGAUGGCAUCAUCAACAUAAGGACUAAUAUUGCAGAAUCGUUAGGUUAUAUCUGUCAGUAGAUCGUGAGACAAGUAAUAUGGAACCCACUGUCUAGGUUGCACUGCUUUGAAGUUUAUUUAAAACUUUUUCCAAAGGCCUUGUUGAUGUGAGCUACAUAUGUAGAGCUGUUUGUCUAAACCUGUCUUGCAGUUAUUCAAAGAUCUUGUACAUAGCUGAGCUUCUCAAAGUUCAGAGCAGCAUUGUCUCAGGGUGGGUAGGGGGUGACUUUAUUUCACAUUGAUCCUUAGUAGACACUGAAUAAAUAUUUGUACAUGACUCCUAGCAAUUUAUUAAAGAAAGCUGGUAUCAGUAAUUUAUAGGCACAUAGGUUAACUUCUGUUAAAAUUAACUCCAUGUAAAAUGUAUCUGGAUUGAAUAGCAAUGCUUAUUGUAACACUAAACUUGGACUUUUGAUCUUGUCUUUCAUUCCUAUGAAACAGGGCGACUACUUGGCUCCAGCAAACCAGAUUUAGCCAAAGCAGAACAAAUCCUAUUAUUCAUAGGUAGACUUCUCAGGUAAGCAAGUGAGAACCAAACUGUCACAGGCCUUUAAUCACUGGCUGAAUGUUCCAGAAGAAAAAAUACAGGUCAUUUGAGGACAAAACCAAGACCCUGUCAUCUUUUAAUCUGCAUCCUGCUACAAUUAUUACUGCUUUUGUGCAUACUUCUACUAAUUUUAACAACUUAAAGUUGUUGAGGUCUGCAGGACCACCUCUAGUCAUCUUUUUGGUGUGUCUCAGAAUCUUAAGAUGUCCCAGUUGUCUAGCAGCCUGAUUCCCUUCCAGCUAUUUGUAUUUGUUUUAUUAAAAAUCUGAAUUCUGGCAUUCCUUAUAGGGCAUUUUUUUACCUUAGAUAAUUUUUCUUCAUGUAGUUUAUUUAGAUUAAUAUAGUUGAGGAUACUGUUCUUUAGUAGUUCAUUUUACUCUUUAUUGGCUGCCACCAUUUCACUUUUUUCCCCAGCCAAGUGGUCUCAUUUUUUUCCCCACUUACUGCAUCUCUAGUACUUAUCUGAUGCUGCACUGAGACACUUCAGCUUGUGGAAUUAGAGAACACUGGGUUUGUCAGAUGAACUUUCUUCUAAUAAGGCAUUGAAAUGGCCUAUACAGAGCCAAACAAAUUUUAAAGCUAUUGCAGGUAAGGAGGUAGAAAUCUAUGUGUUGGAGUGAUAAUGCAGCAGCCACUGAUCAGAUAGGCUUAGGUUGUAAGAAAGCGUAACACUCUGUACUGGUUCUUCAGCUUUCAUUAUGAAAAGCAGUCUUUUCAUUUCCUUGGGCUACUUCCUGAUGUCUUCUAAAAUAAGCUGUCUAAACUUUCUCACUCCUUACUUUCAACUUUGAAGCAUUUUUGUCACUGUCUUUUAUUAAGUUCACAAGAUAACUUAAUUCAAACGCAGUCAUGCAGCUCUAUUUCAAUUAAACCUUAACAUCUAGAAGCUGCAAAAGUUCAUGAAACUGACAGUGAUAUGAAGUAGGUUAGGAAGAGAAAUGCUAGAAUAGACUUAUCCAAGGAAUUCACAGAAUACAGGGAAACUUUCCUGAUAGUACUGAGAAUGACAUAAUGGACUAAACGAAUAUUCAGACAAAUAGGUGUACAAAGUUGCUUUCAGUAAGUACUCUGGUCGAUGGGCAACAAUGUAUGUUUACAGGUCAAAGUAGGGCUGUCUUCUAACUUGUAGAUGAGUCAUUAGUGCUUCUUAAGUAGAUUGUUCUUGUAGUCGUGUCUUGGACAAACAAUUAGAUUGCUUGGGUUUGGGUUUUAAUCUUUGGGACAGUGGUCACUGAACACUAUGUGACUUGUUACUCAAGAGAAUGCAUGCAGUGAAGUCCCUCUUUUUCCUUCAGCACCCAGCAAAUAGGACCGUACUAGGUACUUACCACUAUUUAAUGGUGGCCUUAGUAUUUUUUAGAAGCAGUUCUUUUGAUGAAUAUUGGCUGAGAGCAGUUGUAACUAGUGUAAUUGGUUCAUUCGCUUUAAAAUAAUCGGAUAUGUUUUGCAGCGAGUUAUACAGUAUGCAGUUUUACAUGCUUAAAUUUAUUUUCAUUUAAACAGGUGCUGAGUAUACCUGUUCCUUGCAUAGCAGCUGUGCAAUAAAAGCAGUAUAUCAUGUUAAAACUCUUCUUGUUGAAUUGUCCUGCUUUGGAAUUGUUAAGGUUCACUUUUAGUCAACUCUAGUCAGCUACAAGGUUGAUGUUCUGAACAGUUUACUGCAUACCUCAGGUGGUGUAUGAUAUUAGUCUACCUAGUAACAAGUAUUAAGUGUGUAGGAAGCUUCCCAAAAGAAGUUGUAGCUCUUGCCUUUCUGCCAAGGUGAUUCAGAGACAAUAGUCUGUCCUUUAAGAGCUCAGUACUGAAGAUAAAACAUGAAGUGUGGGGAAAGAAAGAUGAACUCACUCCACUUAUCAGAACAAGGUUUAUGAGACAAAUGUGUUAAUGGAUGGUACCUGACACUCUCAAGAACUGACUUUGGGAGAUCUCAGGUUAUCAUCGAAGUGACAGAGAUGUUGCACAAUGCAAGUCUGCUUGUGGAUGAUAUUGAAGAUAACUCAAAGCUACGACGGGGCUUUCCAGUGGCACACAGUAUCUAUGGAAUUCCAUCUGUAAUCAACUGUGCUAAUUAUGUGUAUUUCCUUGGCUUAGAGAAGGUUUUAACCCUUGAUCAUCCAGAUGCUGUUAAAGUUUUUACCCGUCAACUUCUGGAACUUCAUAAAGGCCAAGGCUUGGAUAUUUACUGGAGGGAUACUUACACCUGUCCUACAGAAGCUGAAUAUAAAGCUAUGGUACUGCAAAAGACGGGUGGUCUGUUUGGAUUAGCUGUAGGCCUUAUGCAGCUGUUCUCAAGUUAUAAAAAAGACUUAAAGCCACUUCUUAACACACUUGGCCUCUUCUUCCAAAUAAGAGAUGACUAUGCCAACUUGCACUCCAAAGAAUAUAGUGAAAACAAGAGUUUUUGUGAAGACUUAACUGAGGGCAAGUUCUCAUUUCCAACCAUUCAUGCAAUUUGGUCAAGACCUGAAAGUACUCAGGUGCAAAACAUUUUACGUCAAAGGACAGAGAACAUAGAUAUAAAAAAAUACUGUGUACAUUACCUUGAAAAUGUGGGUUCCUUUGAGUACACCCGGAAUACAUUGAAAGAGCUUGAAUCUGAAGCCUAUAAACAAAUUGAAUCACUUGGGGGAAACCCUGAGCUUGUAGCACUAGUUGAACAGCUGAGCAAAAUGUUCAAAGAAACUGAAAAUUAAAAAUUCAACUCCUGAGGGUGGAUUCAAACUUUUUUAAAAUGGGAAAAUAACCAGACUGAGAGGUGUGAUAAUCAGUCUUGCUUAAAACUCUUAUAGCCAUGUUACAGAAAGUAGUUAAACAAUUUGUCAUUGAGUAUUGAAAUAUAUACACUAUUAUCUAUACAAUCUUAACUGUAACUGCUUACAGAUGGCUUUGUUGAAGCAGAUGUACCAGAACUGAAACAAGUUUUGAAUCUAAAUGUGACAAUCUUUACACAAUCAUCAGCAUUAUUUCAGGCCUAAAACUCUCAUAUCUUUGACCAGGCUACUUUAGGUUUCUGGCUGAAAUUCUGUGUUAAAACAAAUCAGAUUGUGCAUUUUCAAACAAUGCUCUAGUAAACCAAAAUGUACACUCUUAAAUAACAAAAGAAGAUACUUGAAACCACAAUGCACAUAAAACUGUUGUGUGACAUGUCUAAGUUAGACCUAUGAAGAGCAGAUGGAUCAGCUUACAAAGUUUUAAAGUGAAUAUCCUAUACAGCUUCUGGGGGUAUUUUCAGGGGGAUGCAAAUUAUGAAUGAUAGUAUUUUAUAUCCAAAUGAGACUAAUGUUUAGUCUGAAAUUGUAGCUUUUUAAAGAUUUCUGAGUACCUUAGAGAAAAGUUCCAUUACAUUGGCAAAGCAUAAAUUUGCUGCUGAUUCCAGCUCUGCAGUGAAUAAUUUUGAUUACCUUGGUUUAGGUUUUUAAACUGUCAAAUAUUUUAUAGCCAGGGACUUAAAUCUCCACAUUAGAGCUCAUACAUGUAACUGUAAAAAGCAACAUGGUAAGCUGCUACUAGAAAUGGAAUAGGAUUCAUACCAGGUAACUUUAAGACGCCAUAAUUGGUGUGGGUCUCUUUAAUCUCUGCUGAUAAUUGAGAGGGGCUUCUGCAGGAGUUGAUUUAUAAUUCAUACUGCAUUCCUGUUCUGAAUUGCUAUCUGGAGGCAUGUUACAGGUGUCUCCAAAGAGAUGACAAGUUCUGUAAUAUUUUGCUAAAAUGAAGUACAACAUCUUGUUCUACAAGCUAUAAUACCACUUCAGUUUUGUUAAUUGCUUAAAUAGUACUUUAAAAUUAUGUACACAGACAUACUGAAAUAGAACUGGAACUGAGAGCUGGAUUGAGGAGGAAGGGCUGAUAAGUGACGAAACCCUCUGCUCAUCUAUAUAUAAAUACAUAUGAGUGUGAACAAAACAUAAGCAGGGAUGUUUGUUUCUUGGUUGGGCUGGAUUUAAUCAGGUUCAGUUUCCUUAGUCUUUGCAGCCACAUAAAGCUUUGCUUUGGUGUAUGGAGGUAAUGGCUUGGAUCAAAGAUAGGACUGGUGCUAUCAGCAGUGAUGUUAGCUCAAGCAUACUCUCAAAAGAAACGGCUAGAGGUACUUGGCUCUUGACAGCUGAAGGAUAUUUUUAUGCAGGUAUUCACUUACUGUACCUGGAAAGCAGGGAGAGUCAUGGUCUCAACCCACUGAGAAAAUUAACUGAAGAAGGCUGCUGCAAUGUCUUCCCUGGGCAGCCUUAAGAUUCUUCUGAAAGUGAGCAAGCAUGAAAAAAUUCAGGAUGACUGCUUUCAGUCAGAGACAUUAUGUAGUUAUGGAUGAUAGCCUAUCCCUUUUAUCUGCAUGCUGAGGAGGAAUCUUUGCUCUGUGAUUAGGCACAGAAUAAUAGCCUUUUUACUGAAUGGAUCUGGCUGCCAGGACUGAAUACCUUAGAGUUGGUGAAAGGUGUAUUUUCUCUAGUGUUAAUGACAGUGAAUUGUAAUUCCUUUUUUAUACCUUGCAGUUCUUAGUAGUAAGCCUAUAAAUUCUUAAUGUUUUAUGAGAAAAUACUGUCUGCAGCAAAGUACAAUGUUUAUUUUGUGCCAUGUCUUGAGAGUUUCUAAGCACUGUUGCAGCUGAUGUUGAAUGGGGAGGAGCACUGGAAAAAACUGUUGUUGUCAGGAGAAUCUCCUAGUCUUACUGAAAAGAUAUCCUUGUGCCUGUUAGGACAUUGUAACUAACAUGUACAAUGCAAAGUGCACUUAGUGCCGUUUCAUGUCUGCUCAGUUGCUGGAUGUAAACAGUUUUAUGUAGUUGAACUUCCCAAAUGUGGUAGCUUUUCUUACUUUUGUAUAAAACUUCACUACCAUCUGAGGCUUCUGCUAUGUUGUCACUUCUUUGGUUCAUUCUGUCAACUCACCCCAGUAUUUAUUCUAAUACUGUAUCAUGUAGAAAGUGCGUCCAUUAACUUAGGAGAAAGUACCUUCUGGCUGCAGGCCCUUUAAACUGCAAAUGGGUAAGAAAGGAAAAGUAUCCUGGGACAACAAAGCUGGACCAACAAGAAACCAUACAGCUCUGUCUUACUCUUCUGCCUUUGAUACCAGUAUUCAAAGUGUACCCUGAAGGUAUAUCUUAAAAGGCCCACAAGCAGAGUAUCAUUGCUCUUUACUUUUAUUAAAAUGAACUGAGGUCUCUGAUGGUUUUUCUUGAUGUAUUCAGGAGUUGGAAGAGGCUGGGAUCUUUCCCCUUCAUUUGUUAAGUAGGUAGAGCAUCUUUAAGUAUUUAAGUGAUGAUGCUCUGUAGUCAAGGUAGAUUUUAUAUUUGGUGCCAUAAGAUGAGACUGUGCAUCCUCAUUGAUAUUCUCCAAUACUGGCUCUGGCACAAGCUCCUGGUGUUAAGCUGUGCUAGGAAAAUCACUUCUUAAAGCAGCAUGAGAGUUCUUGUGGCUGCAGAAUUAGUUUAGUUGUGUAAGCGCUGCUCCCUAUUGCUAUGCCUCCCACAACACAGGGAGUAGGGUUUUUUCCUGAUCUUCACAAGAGAUGCAUUGCUGUGGAAUGGAAAUCUGAGUUGCAAGUGGAAAUGCCCAUGGGGAGAUAAAGGGGAUGCUGGUUUCAAUGUCAGUCCCUUUGAGCCAGAACUGUUCGCCUUAUUAUCUUCCUACCAUUGCCAACAAGUUCUACUUUGAUCAGGCAUUUCUUGGGAGUCUAGCUCUUGCAGUGCAUAUAAGGAGAAAGGCAAAUAUUCAUCAGUCUCCAGCAUUUCCCCCUACUUCGGUCUGUUUCAAGAUUAUGUGCUUGCUUAGAGGUAAAUGAAUGCUGUCACCUGUCUUUGAGUGACCAGACAUUGGAUGGAACAUCUAUCUCUGCUUCUUCAAAGGCUGAUGUUAUCCCUGUCAAUUAUAGUGAAAAUUACAUAAUUUCAGGAUAUUUCUGAAGAGAUGACUUGUCUUCUACAUCUCCCUUUGAGCUCAGGCUGUUCAGGUGCCCAGUGGGAGCAGCUUCGUGUGUGUCAGACAGUUGUUGAUAUAAAAAGCAUAAAAAUGUUUGUGGCAGUGGGAAAGUAGCUGUUGAUACUUCUUUAUGCCUUCAACUUUAUCUAAAUGCCUCCAUGUGCCAUGGAAAUUUCCUAUAUUAAUGGCUUAUUUCCCCAGGUAUUGUUAAAAUGCUAAUAUGGUAUAAAACCAUGGGAUUUGGGGGUGGGGGUGUGUCACCACCUUAAAUAAAACUGGCUUGAGUGUUGUCUUUAGCACUGAGUUGGGCCAGGCUUUUAUUCAUGUGCAAGAGCUAUACAGGUGUCUACUAUUCCUCUUUGUUCUGUCUUAAUCUUAUCAUUUUAUGUUUCAGGUUUGAUAUUUACUCUGUUCUUUGUAUUAUUUGCUCAGUACUUUCAUUGUAAUUCUCUUUUUUUUAGCUAUAUUUCUAUUCCGCUACUAAUACCAUAGCACACACAAUACUAUUAAACUCAUUUUUGAUCGUGGACAAACAAAAUAGUCUGGGUCUGCUUUUGAAACAUUAAAUCUUGGCUCAUCGUAUGCCUCCACAACAGUAAUCCAAGAUUUUCUGCAGUCUUGAAAUGCCAGAAACUUUUUUUCUAAGAAGUUAAAGCCUGUAGCAUAUUUUAUAUUGCCAUAAAUUACUUUUGUCCUAUAUAGUUUGAGCUCCUUUCUCUCUGCUACCUGUUUGCUUUCAACACUUAAUUUGCCUUGGUGGUAAUGCUUGUUAGGAUUUUCUGCAAAACAACUCACUAGCCCCAGGGGAGAGGACUUAAUUUUUGUCUGGGUUAAUGAAUUAUCCGACUCGGCAAGAGCCUGAUGUAUGUCAGAGCUGGCAGGUGGACAGAGGCAAGAGCAGGGCCAGGGAAAGGAUUUGAGAGAGUAAGAAAACCCAUUUUAGGCUCCUGAGGCUAGCUCAUGUGAUUUCACCUCAUUUUACAGCAUCUCUUGCGCUUUUUUAGGAAAGACUAAAGAACAUGGUUAGUUUACCUAAGCUUCCCUUCUUGCUUUCCGAAUAAUGUAAGAGAUUUAAAGUUUGAAAUUGUUUAUUCUGAUAGUUAGGUAAAUAACUUGCAUAUAUCAACUUAAGGUUUGAUUAAAGGUACAGAUAAAACAGUACAUUGUUUCGUUAUUGUAUUUUUCUUUUAACACUUUUUCUAUUCUUGGAGUCAGGGAAACAUAAUCUGCUACUUGACUUGUUACCUCACACCAACAUCUCUCUUGAAUAACUUUUAUCAUAACUGAGCACCAGUGUUCACCUUUUCUGCAUUUUUUUUAAUUACCUUAGAGGGCAGCUUUGUGAGGUGUGGCUAGGAGUAAUCCAUGAUUCAUUAAUUCACUUUCAUUCAAGCAUAUUAUCUGCAAAAUCUGUAGUAAAGAUGCAGGUUAAACCGUGUGAAUCCUGAUAAGUGUUCUUCACCUGUGUGUCCUAUGGAACAAAUAAAUGCCUUUUCAAUGAGUUAUGAACUUA